AUGAAUGAAUCUUUCGAUGAUCAAGAUACAGAAUUCAUGUAUGAGAUACCGGAUUGUUUAAUGGAUGGAGACUAUAUUGAACUCCAUGGGGUUUGUCAUGGUGACCGAAUAAUUUUUGAAUUAUUAACAAAAGAAGGUUCAACUCAAAAUAUAUUGGAUGAAUUACCGCUACAAAUCAUUCUAACAACAAAUGGUCCAGUAACUGUAAUUAGUCGUAGUAGAAAAGAGGUAGCGAAACAAGAACGUUAUGUGGAAAAUGGUAUACAAGACAAUGAAACUUUUGAAUUAUGUGUACAUGCUUGUAAGGAUUAUUAUUCUGUAGUAUUGAACAAAGAGAAAGUUUGUGACCAAAAACAUCUUGUACCAUUAAGUGAAGCAUUUGCUUUGUCAAUGCAAGGAAAAGUCGAUAUAUUAUCUCUUGAAUUUAAGGAUAUCUAUUAUGAUGAAGAGGAAAUGAAUAAUAAUGCAAACAUGUCUUCCGGUUAUAAUAACAGUAACAGCAUUAAAAUGGAUGAUACACAAGCAGGCUUUGUACGUGUCAAUGAGUUAAGACAAAGUUCCAUACGCAGAAAUGAUACACCAGUAAUGGUACCAAGAAGAACAGGUUCCAAAUUGGAUAAACAAUCGAUAAAAAGUAAAGAUAGUAAUCUCGAAGUUACUGCUUGGAAAACAUCAAAUGAUUUGUCUAGAGCAGAUUUAGACGUUGAUUACAAAGUAUCUACACUAGAUCGAAAUUCUGCAGCCUAUUCAUAUCGUAAUAGUAAUGAUUUUAGUCAUACUUCAGACUCAAGAAUCUCCGCAUCAUUACCAGCACCCGUAGGCAAACCAGCUCACGACAGAGCGUCAGAUUACGUAAUGGGAAGUCGAGGUAACCUAAAUACGAAUGAUAUGUCACAUGUAAAGUCGAAACCAGCUCUUUUGGGACCUCGAAAAUCUGCUACUUUAAGUAAUAGUAAAAUUGAACAACGUUUUAACACUGAAGGCAGAAGUCAGACAGAUGCUGGUGAUUUACUUCGUGGAAGCUAUUGUGUAUUGGAUGACGAAGAGCACAUAACACCUCAGCUUACUGCUACAACUUCAACACCUAACUUGCAAGACAAGCAUAAGAAAAAACGAUUUACUUUACUUGGAAAGAGCAGAAAAUCAACAGGCUCUGAGUCAGAUAUACGUAAGGACUCUAAGAAAUCCAAAGGAUCUACCCCAGAUAUUAAGUCGAAAGAUGGCGAAGGCGAGAAAAAGAAAAAGGGUUUGCAUUUAAAAAAUCCUUUUAAACGUUCCAAAACUAAAGAUCAAACGCCUUCAGUAAGAUCUUCAACUAGUCUAAAUAGAUCAGAUCCUGCCUUUACUGGACACACCAUGUAUCCAGCAGUGAAUUUAUCUGUUAGUGAGCGACUACCAAAAGAAAUGUCUAAAAAACCGGCACCUGAAAUUGCAGCUUAUCUUCUUAAAUCCAACCCAUCAGCUGAAUUUGAUACGGUUAAUCUAACUGGCCGUAAGACUUUGUCUGAAGAUAUUCAUUUUACAACUUUUGAAAAAAAACAUUACGAUGGAUAUGAAAAUAUUGGUAGUCAUCAUGAUCACUUUCAACAUAAGUCGUUGAGUGAUUCAAGAGCAUCCAUUGAAAUACCAUCUCUUAGUGAUUUGCAUUCACAAGGUAAACUUAAAGGACCAGCUCCAGAAUUGGCAGCUUUAAUUCACUCAAAACAACCUAAUUCAAAUCUGGGAGACACAACUAUAACGCAAGGUUCAGAUUCACAUCUCAGAUCAUUCACACCAGUUGACCGAUCGCCGAGGUCAUCCAGACUUGCUAGUGAACCUCUGUCUGAUAUAGCAAAUUUAAAAUUGAAAGGUACGGCUCCGGAAAUUGCGGCAGUAAUACACUCAAGAAGCAAAAGUCCUAGCCAUGGUGAAACAACACUUACUCAGGGUCAUGAUAUACGCUUCAUUCCAAACUCUACAGUGGAUUUAGCAGCAAAAAAGGCUUUCAAGCCGAAUGGGAGUGCAUCAGAGAUAGCCGCGGAUAUACAUAAAAACAAUUUAGCAGGUCGUCUACCUUUUGGAGAUUAUACCCUAACUGGUGUUAAUAAGAAUGAAAUAGGAGGAAUAACAUACGAACUAAAAGAAAAAGUGAAAUAUUCACUUAAAUCUCUUUCUUUAACUGAACGUGUUUCAACCGGUGAAGAAACGGAGAGUGGAGGUAGUGAAGUAUACACUGACAAUGAGUGUUACUUAGAAGUAGGUAAAAGUCAAUAUUAUUUUGAUCGUAAACGUUCCCUGAGAAAUUAUCGUUCUAAACGGUCAACGAAAUUGGAACGUGAAGCUAGGCGUAAUAUGGGAUUAAGUAGAAAUGGCAGUGAAGAAUCAGUAAGCAGCAGUAUCUCGUCACUCAAACCAACUGAUAGAAAAUUGACACCAAGAUAUAAAAAACGUCCAGGUUUUAAAAAGGAGGAAGUCUCUUCUUGGGUGAAUACCUCUAAUUCACCAUAUAAUCCAAUUCGUGUAGAUGGCAAUAUAUACCCAAGUUAUACAGCAAAUGUUUACGCCGCAGCUCCUAUGAUUCGAAAAUCAUCAAUUCGAAAUUAUAUAUUAAAAGAUUUUAUUCAGUCAAUAAAAUGUGAUGUCGCUAUGGAUUUACCAUAUCCACUUACACCUGGGCGAAGUGCACUAGUUGUUGGUCAUUUCAAUUACGAUUCAUCUGUACUCCAAUCUUGUUUAAUACGACUUGAGUUCAAGGACACUUGUAAAGAUGCUUUUGAAACACUUGAUCUUCAACUAUGGUCUGAUGGUGGCCUAGAUAUUAUAAACAGUCAAUGCAUUAAUUCCAAAAUUCUAUGCCGCUCAACGAAUGAUUUAAAAUAUUCAAAACUAAAAGAUAAUGAAGUCUGCACUGAUGAUAAGCAACAAACAAAUUUCACUUUGAAAUUCAUAUCUCAAAGUUUCUAUACCGCUAUUACAUCUAAUGAUCUGUUUACAUUACUUUUGAAAAAUCAAUUUCCGAAACACACUAGUUAUCAAUUGACUUCAUUUAAACUUGAAGAUUCGAGCAAUGCCAAAUUAGAUAAACUUCUUAUGCCAAGAAAUUUGUGUUUACCACUUAUUCUUCGUAUGAAAUGUGAAUCCAGUCAAGCGAACACACUUAAUCUUCUAACAAAACUAACUGCCGAUACUAAAAAAGUUAUCAUUGAAUAUAUUUAUGAAUCAGAUAGUACCUCCGAAUUCCUAUCGAUGCAAAUCUUAUUGAAUUUUGAGACAAAUUACCUAAUGAUACAGGAGGUUGCGAAAGAACCAAAUGAUUAUAUUCAGUAUGCUGAAAAAGAAAUAACAUUUAUUCCUGAACAGAUACGACGAAUGAAGUUCGCUUGGCACAAUAGUUCAUUGAAGGUACUUCUGAAUACUGAAGAAUCAAUUGUGCACAAUUUUGGUCAGCACAAUCCUCUUCAACCUUUUUCACAUAUUCGAAUUAGUGGCGAUUUCAUACUUUUGAAUGCAGAACUUCAAUUGGAUGAAUAG